AUGAACACGAUCGUCUUCAACAAGCUCGGCAGCGCGGGGCUCUUCGAAGACGGCGCCGGCGAGAGGGACAGGGGCGGCGGCCGGCCGUACGGGGGCGUCCUGGACGUCUCCCCGCACCCGGAGGUGCUCAUCCCCGACAGCCCGUCCAUGAAAGACAACCUCAGCCUGCGCCACCGGAGGACCGGCACUCGGCAGAACAGUGGGAAGGUGAGACACAAGCGUCAAGCUUUGCAGGACAUGGCGCGGCCGCUGAAACAGUGGCUGUACAAGCACCGGGACAAUCCGUACCCCACUAAGACAGAGAAGAUUUUGCUGGCUCUUGGCUCCCAGAUGACGCUGGUGCAGGUAUCCAACUGGUUUGCCAAUGCAAGGCGUCGCCUUAAAAAUACCGUCCGACAACCAGACCUCAGCUGGGCUUUACGAAUAAAGCUGUACAACAAGUAUGUUCAAGGAAAUGCUGAAAGGCUUAGUGUAAGCAGCGAUGAGUCAUGCUCAGAAGAUGGUGAAAACCCUACAAGAAACCAUAUGAAUGAAGGGGGAUACAACACCACAGUUCAUCACAGUGUGAUUAAAACUGAAAGCUCCGUAAUAAAACCUGGAGUAAGACCAGAAGGGAGUGCCAAUGAGGAUUAUGUAUCGCCCCCCAAAUACAAAAACAGCUUGUUGAAUCGCUACCUGAAUGACUCAUUGAGGCAUGUCAUGGCCACAAAUGCAGCCAUGAUGGAAAAAACAAGGCAAAGGAAUCAUUCGGGAUCAUUUAGCUCCAAUGAAUUUGAAGAGGAACUGGUGUCUCCGUCAUCCUCUGAGACUGAAGGCAAUUUUGUGUACCGGACAGAUACUCCAGAGAAUGGACCUAACAAGUGUGAAAGUGCAGCUAACAGAAAGAGAUCAAACAAAGACGAGACCUAUUGGAAGGAGAUCAAUGCAGCCAUGGCCUUAACAAACCUUGCACAAGGGAAGGACAAGCUGCAAGGGACCACCAGCUGCAUCAUUCAGAAAUCGUCACAUAUAUCAGAAGUAAAGACUGUCAAAGUGCCACUAGUACCGCCAUUUUAAAGGGCGCGGGUCAUGUGUUUCCCCUCCCCGCCUACAAAUGGACAUUUUUCUUGCCAUUGGUUUUCCCAUCAAAUUGGACCAGGAGGUCUGGAGCAAGUAUUGGAAAAACAGAUACCUUUUAUAUGAUGGUCAGUAAAAAUAAUAAUAGGCACAGCCCGCUGGAAAGUUCUUUGGCACAAGCAGCAUGAAAAUAGAUGGGUACUUCAUGAGAACUUGGAAGCACUCCUGGUGGGGUUCCCAUUCAGUUCAGUGGUGCUUGUGCAGGAGAACUGCCUGACAAAAUUGUGCUCAAUUACGGGGAUAAACCAACACUCCCUCAGGCUGAAGUAUUUUGUUGUUGUUGUUGUUAAAUAAAAUGUAAAAUCAAUUCUUUAAAGGUCAUGUAAAUUAUGGGAAAAAUCCCUCCCAAGUUUUUUUAAGUCAAGCUAUUAACUUAUUUUAUUGUAUUAAUCAAACUGCGCAUUAAGCGUCUGCAUUGCUAUAACAAUAAGUGCCUUGCUUUCUUACAAUAAGCUAGAACGUGGGCAUAGCUCAAGACAGCCGUGCCUCAAAGUGUCAACGCCAUAAUGCUUAAUCUUUGCAUGCAGUU